GUGUUUAGCUCUGGGGAGAGUCAAACUGGAUUCCACUGGGAGAGCCUGCAAAUCACUUCUAUUUUAGCAAAGAGAAAACAGAAUCUCCAUCCAGCAGGGUCCACCCCUCUCUUUCUCCCUCUCCUCUCUCUUUCUAUCUCUUUCCCUCCCCCCCCUUCCUCUUUCCCUCUCUCUCCCCUUCCCCCCACCCUCUCCGGUGUUUCUGUCUACAGCAACCAGCGUCCUCAUCUACACGCACGGAAAGGAAAGAAACAUCUUUGGUUCAGAGAGGAGGAAAAAAAAAAAAAAAAAAAAAAAAGAGAGAGAGAGACAGAGGAAAAAAAAACUUGCCUGAUUGUGGAAAAUGACACUUCAAGUAGCCAAGCCGGCUUCGAGAGUCAUAUCUAUUGUUUCUUGAAUUGUCAUCAGGGUGGUUUUUUUUCUUCCUGCUUCUUCAAGUGAAGGUACCUCUACAAAAGGAAACUCCAGCCCCUCCUGUUCUCCAACGGCCUGUGAUUACUACAAAAAGAAAAAAAAAAAAAAAAAAAAAAAAGCAAAAAAAAAAAAAAAAAAAAAAAAAAGGAAAAAAAGCACCCAAACUCAAAAUCAACCAACCAAACAACCCCCAACAGCAAAGCAUACAUCUCUAUUUUUUUCUUAAUUUUGGUCUUUUCGUUGGAUUUUCCCUUUCUUUUUUUCCUCACCUCCCCCCUCUUGUUAUCGCUCAGUUUUGAGCAAGGGUUUACAUUUUAAAAAAAUUUUGCUUUUCGGCCCACCGCCUUGAUGUAGCGCGAGUUUCAUCGACUCAAAAAAAAAAAAAAAAAAUCUGUGGUUGGCGUUUUUCUUCCCUUUUUUUUUUUUUUUUCAAUAUUUUCAAAGGGGAGGAGAUUUUCCACAAGAAAAGGUUGUUUUCAUGUUUGGGAUCCAGGAAAGCAUCCAACGGAGUGGAAGCAGUAUGAAGGAAGAGCCGCUGGGCAGCGGCAUGAACGCGGUGCGGACGUGGAUGCAGGGCGCCGGGGUGCUGGACGCCAACACAGCGGCGCAGAGCGGGGUGGGUCUGGCCCGGGCUCACUUUGAGAAGCAGCCGCCUUCUAAUCUGCGGAAAUCCAACUUCUUCCACUUCGUUCUGGCCCUCUACGACAGACAGGGCCAGCCCGUGGAGAUUGAGAGGACUGCCUUUGUGGGGUUCGUGGAGAAGGAAAAAGAAGCCAACAGCGAAAAGACCAAUAAUGGGAUCCACUACCGGCUCCAGCUCCUCUACAGCAAUGGGAUAAGGACUGAACAGGAUUUCUACGUGCGCCUCAUCGACUCCAUGACAAAACAAGCCAUAGUGUACGAAGGCCAAGACAAGAACCCUGAAAUGUGUCGAGUGUUGCUCACACACGAGAUCAUGUGCAGCCGCUGUUGUGACAAGAAAAGCUGUGGCAACCGAAAUGAGACUCCCUCAGAUCCAGUGAUAAUUGACAGAUUCUUCCUGAAGUUUUUCCUUAAAUGCAACCAAAAUUGCCUAAAGAAUGCAGGAAACCCACGUGACAUGCGGAGAUUCCAGGUCGUGGUAUCUACCACAGUCAACGUGGAUGGCCAUGUCCUGGCAGUCUCCGAUAACAUGUUUGUCCACAAUAAUUCCAAGCAUGGGCGGAGGGCUAGGAGGCUUGACCCCUCGGAAGGUACGCCCUCUUAUCUGGAACAUGCAGCUACUCCCUGUAUCAAAGCCAUCAGCCCGAGUGAAGGAUGGACGACGGGAGGUGCGACUGUGAUCAUCAUAGGGGACAAUUUCUUUGAUGGGUUACAGGUCAUAUUCGGUACCAUGCUGGUCUGGAGUGAGUUGAUAACUCCCCAUGCCAUCCGUGUGCAGACACCUCCUCGGCAUAUCCCUGGUGUUGUGGAAGUCACAUUGUCCUACAAGUCCAAGCAAUUCUGCAAAGGGACUCCAGGCAGAUUCAUCUAUACAGCACUCAACGAGCCCACCAUCGACUAUGGCUUCCAGAGGUUACAGAAGGUCAUUCCCCGGCAUCCUGGUGACCCGGAGCGCUUGCCAAAGGAAGUGAUCCUUAAAAGGGCUGCAGAUCUUGUUGAAGCUCUGUAUGGGAUGCCCCACAACAACCAGGAGAUUAUCCUGAAGAGAGCUGCCGACAUUGCAGAGGCUCUGUACAGUGUCCCUCGCAACCACAACCAGCUCCCGGCACUUGCUAAUACUUCGGUCCAUGCAGGGAUGAUGGGUGUGAACUCCUUCAGUGGACAACUGGCUGUGAAUGUCUCUGAGGCAUCACAAGCCACCAAUCAAGGUUUCACCCGCAACUCAAGCAGCGUGUCACCACAUGGGUACGUGCCGAGCACCACCCCCCAGCAGACCAACUAUAACUCUGUCACCACGAGCAUGAAUGGCUAUGGCUCUGCUGCCAUGUCCAAUUUGGGUGGCUCCCCAACCUUCCUCAAUGGCUCAGCUGCCAACUCACCCUAUGCCAUCGUGCCAUCCAGCCCCACCAUGGCUUCCUCUACAAGCCUCCCCUCCAACUGCAGCAGCUCGUCAGGCAUCUUCUCCUUCUCACCAGCCAACAUGGUUUCCGCUGUGAAACAGAAGAGUGCGUUCGCACCAGUCGUCAGACCCCAGACCUCCCCGCCUCCCACCUGCACCAGCACCAAUGGGAACAGCCUGCAAGCGAUAUCUGGCAUGAUUGUUCCUCCCAUGUGAAAGAAUUGCCUUGAAGAAUUUUAUGAAGAGGUUGGAUUCUGCUACGAAAGUAAUCUGAUAUGAGUCCCAGAAUGGAACUUUUAACUCAGGCCUUUUUAAGAGGAAUCACACAAUAACUGCAGAUUUUUAAACAAAAUCACCGACCUUGCAAAUACUGAAAUUGGAAAAGGGGGUCUGCCAGAGCAGGGUGUUGGUUAAACUUGUACCCCUAAGUAUCUGGGGGUUAUAUUUAUUCUGUAUUGAUAAAAGCAAACCCACAGUUUCUUUUUUCUUUUUCUUUUUUUUUAAAGCUUAACUCUGCAAUCAUUUGUCUUUUAUAAACCAGAAAGCUACACAAAAGGGCCACUAUAAAUAAGACCCCAUGUUUUAAUUUAUGAUGUUUUUAAAGCUGUGUGAGGGGAGAAUGAAGUGUUGAUAUUUACAAAAAAGCUAAAAGAAAAAAAAAAAUAAAAAAAAAAAAAAAAAAAAAAAAAAAAAAAAGCUUGUAUGGGACAGAAUAGGAAUGCCAGUUAGAUUUUCUAGAAAACUAAGGGUCGGCUUUUGCGCCUUAAAGCAUAUCAAUGGUAGUUAGCUCAGACAGUGCAUUUUCAAUAUCUAACUUAACAUGCCAUCCCUUAGCAGUUCUGCAAGCUUCCUUCUCUCUUUUGUAUGGUUGUCUUAAGUAACUGUGUAAAUAAAUGCAGCCUGGAAAGUUACCAAGCGACAUACAUGAUCACAUUUUCCCCUUGUACUCAGAAAAUCCAGUGCCUCUAGACAGAUUGUUUAAAAAAAAAAAAAAAAAAGAAAGAAAGAAAGAAAAAAAAAAAAAAAAAAAAAAAAAAAAGCAAAGCAAAACAAAACAAAACCCUGCAUCUUUUAACCCGAUCUUAUUCUUUUACUUCUGCUAACUUCUUCCGAAGCCAGUGGCCUCUGAGAGAGGAGUAACAUGGCGUGGCACAUGCCCGAAACUCCUUCAAGACUCCCGGAACAGGGUCCAGGCACAGAAUUCCACAUAUGUCCUCCAGUUUACUAAGUGGAAAUCUUACUCACAGACCACCAUCUAGAGAUUUGAGCUUACUCCUCCUAGAAUCCUAAAUGCUGUCUAUAUCCAGGCUCAGAAAAAAAAAAGAAAAAAAAAAAAAAAAAAGGAAAAAUAAUAAAGAAAAAAACCGCAGACAAAGCAAACUGACAAAGGCGAGUAGGCAGGCUGUUCACACAGGACCCUGUACCAGCAAGACCCUGGUGUGAUUGUAAAGUUAUAAAUUCAAACAACCCGUAAAGUGCUUUGGGGUUCAGAACGAAAGGAAACUGGGGAGGGGAGAGAGAAGGGGAAGGCCUCGAACUCAGCUUUCUGUGGGAAUGUUUGCUUUCUACUGGGAAGUGUUCUUAAAAGAAAGAAUCCACAGCAAAGAUUCAGCCAGGGACGCUCCAAGGGGCACCGGCCUGGCUGGCUUUUCUUUGCCCUUCUGUUUCUGUAUGUAGUUAUAAAUACUGUAGACUUUUUUUUUUUUUUUGUGUGUGUGUGUGUGUGAUUUUUUUUUUUGCCAAAGUUGUUGUUUUAUUUAUACAUUUUAAUGUCUUAAGAUGGUUUUGAAGCUCACACACGAAAAGUUUUACCGCAUAUUUUGCAAAGAAAUAAAAAGCGCACUACCUUUAGCUUGCACAUACUUGCAAAGUGAACUCAAAGGCUUUUUGUUUGUUUGUUUUAAUGGGGAUUUUGUAAAAUAUCCAUAUAAAUAAUGUAUUUAUCUUUGGAAUUUGUACAUUGCUUUUUCUCUCCUCCCACCCCCAGCUCCCAGCUUAUUUUUUGGUGUGUGUUUGCUUUGUGAACAGUGCGUAUAGUUUGGUCACCUAUUGUUGUAUUGGCUAUUUCAAUGUGAUUUUUAAACAAUUCAUUUAUAGGUAUUUUUAGUAUUGUUUCAAACCAUGCUUCAUUUUUUUUAUUUCCACCCAAAAGCCAUUGUCUAUUUUUGUAUUAUUUGUAAGUUAAGAAGUUUUUUCCAAUAUAUGGCAAAAAAAUAGUAGCAUAUUAUUCUUGUAGUAUUUAGUUCUGUAGAUUGAAAAAUAAUGUAUCCUUUGCUUUGGAAGCAUACAAAAAUGCUGUUUUACUCUAUUAAUAUGCAUGGAAUCUCUCCCUUUGGAGUGACGCAUUUUGUGCAUUAAAUUUGGGGGAGAAACUUCAUAGCGAUCAAUGAACAUACUUUCUUUCUUAAGUCUGCUUGUAUAUUCUGUCUUUCACAUAAAUAUAAACCAGCAGAUUGGAUGCCUUAACAAUGCAAAUCAUAUCCAUUUCACCUGUACAUUGUACUGUGCACCCCAACUGUCAAUCAUCACUAACAUUUAAGAAAAAAAAGAAAAAAGAAAAAAAAAAACAAAGAAAUUGAAAAGCACAAAAGAACUGUUUUGUUACUUUAAGACAAUGUUACUUUUUCUAGUAGAGCAAGCGAUCAUUAACAACGAUGCUGCAACUGUGCAUGCCCGUAUGGAUUUCAAUGGUUUUCACUAGACUGUCAGAGUUCGGAUUUUUAUGGGUUGGGGAGGGCAGGGGAGGGAAGUGGGGGAGGUUGGUAAGGGAGGGGAGGGAGGAAAGCUGAUUUUUCAUGGUGAGAAAUAAUAAUAAUGAUGACUGAUGAUGAUAAUAAUAAUAAAAAAGAAACUGGAAAAAUAUAAGCAAGGUUUAGCAUUGCUUCUCCGUACUCAGAAAGGUUGUCUGAAUUCGUGUGUUAAGCGCUGGCCUGAAGAUGUCUAAGGUCUAAAGCCAUAUUUUGUCUGGUGAGCCAGACACCAGUCUGCAAAGGAAGGAGCAGUGAGCCGGUGAGAUGUACGGCUCAGACCCUGACAAAAGACACCACCAAUCUGUUAGCCAUGUGCCAUGGUAAGAACUUUACUGGAAAGCCCAAAGAGCCUUUAAAAAGAAAACGUGUAUCCUUUGUGUUUUGUUGUUUAUGUUUGAUUAGAUGACAGAGAAGCACUCUGGUUCUGGGGACCAUUUUCUUCUAAAAAAAGAAAAUUGUUGUUUUCAAGUCCCUUUAAGACAUAGCUCCCCCUAAAUACAGAAUAUGGCUUUAACAAGAAGAUGGAGUAGAGAAUUCAAUUCAGAUUUCAGUUUUGGGGGAAGAGCCCCUGCCUCUGGAUGACUGGAUAUGCAUAUGCCAUGCCCGGCUUCACAAAGUAGGAUGCAGCUUCUUGAACUCAUUUCUCAAUCUACUAACUUUUCACCUUCUUAUCAAAACUUUUUUCAGUAGACACACACUGUACAGUUCAAUUGUUAGAGCACUUAACUACUGUAGAGAUUGUUAUAAUUUUCCUUUUUUUUUCUUUUUGCAAAAAUUUCAAGCUGUAAAAACUUUUCAACUUUCACAAUAUUUAAUUAAAGUUACUUCCUGUCUGUGA